GUUUUCUGUGUCCAAGUCCUUAUACUCCAUUCACACCUACAAACACUACGUCAUCCCCAUUAGCAUCGCCGUCCGCCCCCCAAACAUGAAGGGUAUCCAGAUCAAGGAAUAUGUCAAUGGCCCAGACGACCUCAAGGUCAUCGACCUCCCCACGCCAGAACCCAAAUCCAACGAGUACCUAGUUGCGAUUCGUGCCUCGGCAACAAACUUCUUCGACCUCCUCCAAAUUAGGGGCAAGUACCAGCACCAGCCCGCCUUCCCAUGGAUAGCCGGCUCCGAGUUCUCGGGUGUCGUUCUCAAGGCACCUACCUCCCUGCCUGGAGGCAAGACUCCCAAGUUCAAAGAGGGUGACAAGGUCUUUGGCGCGAACCAGGGUGCAUAUGGGACACAUAUUGUGUGCACGGAAGAUAAGCUGAAAGGUGUUCCUGAGGCCUGGAGCUUCGAAGAUGCGGCUGGUCUCUUUGUUACGGCCCCGACGAGUUAUGCUGGGCUGGUUGUGAGGGCUGGCAUCAAGAAGGGCGACUGGGUCCUUGUACAUGCUGCAGCUGGCGGCGUUGGUCUAGCCGCCGUUCAAAUCGCAAAAGCUUUCGGCGCAACCGUCGUUGCUACAGCUGGUACCCCCCACAAACUCGAUGUCGCGCGGUCAUUUGGCGCCGACUACGCCGUUUCCUACCGUGAUGCCGAUUGGCCGGAGCAAGUCAAGAAGCUCACGCCCAAGGGCCGUGGCGUAGAUAUUGUAUAUGACCCCGUCGGCCUCAUUGCCCAGUCCAUGAAGUGUACCGCCUGGAAUGGACGCCUGCUCGUCAUUGGCUUUGCAGCAGGUGACAUUGAGAAGAUGGCCACCAACCGCAUUCUGCUGAAGAAUGUCAGCGUCGUGGGACUGCACUGGGGAGCCUACGCUGUUAAUGAACCUGAAAUGCAAGACAAGGUCUGGGAUGGAAUCUUCAAGCUGAUCCAGGAGGGCAAGUACAGAGGAACUGUUUUCACAGACCAGGAGUACGUGGGCUUGGACAGCGUGCCUACUGCACUCAAGGCUCUUGGCGGCAGGAACAGCUGGGGAAAAGUCGUUGUCAAAGUGCCCCAGGAGGGCACAAGUAAGAUGUGAGAUGUUCUACCCAAUUAGUGAAUCAACCAUAACCGAAGAGCGUUAAAAAAAACAAAAUACAUACAUUCAAC